GAAAAAUUAAUAAAAGUUUUACAUUUUCCUAAAGGCGAACUUUAAACGAUGCGAGAGAAAAAAAAAAACUCUGAACUAAGCUCUGCCCUACUCGAAAUAGUAGAAAGAGAGAACAAAUUGCAAUCACAACAACUCUCAGUUCAUUCUGCUAAUUUCCAAUGCUUUUCGAGUUCUAAAGGUCUCAGCAAUUUUGGGAUUUCCUUGUUCUAAGUUGCUCUUCCUUUUGAGGUAAUAGGAAGGAUUGUAAAGGACACUAUUCUUCUCGAUAACAUGCCAUGCCUUGGUGUUUGGCAAAAAUUUGUUCACCUCUUCCACGAAGCAGGGUAAAAAUUGGAUCUUUUUCUCAUUUGUGUGCCUUGUCUAAAGCAUUUCAUGGCAAUCCCAGAAGCAGAACAUCACCAAAUUCACAUACUUCUGGCGAGGAAACGGAGAAGAGUAUCCAUUCAAUUUUGACAAUUGACCGUUGGGAGUCAUUGAAUCGGAUGGGUUACAAAAUGACUUCAUUGAGACCAGUUCAUGGGAGAUUAGCUCUGAAAAUUUUGAAUUGGGUCAUCAAGCAACCAGGUUUGGAGCUCAGCCAUGUACUUCAUAUGUAUUGUAUUACAGCCCACAUACUUAUUCGGGCUGGGAUGGUUAACUCAGCUAAGUCUAUUUUAAGGCAUACAUCUGAAUUGAGUUUUUGUUCAAGUGAUGUUCUUGAUGCUUUGAUGAACACCUAUCGUCUUUGUAAGUCCAACCCUUCAGUUUUUGACAUUUUGAUUAGGAUUUAUUUAAAGAAGGGUUUGGUUAAGGAUGCUUUGGAGACAUUUUCUUUCAUGUGCUUUCGCAAAUUUAGGCCAUCUGCAGAUACUUGUAAUAUGAUGCUAAGUGUUAUUAUGAAGCGCGGAGGCAUAGGUUCUGUAUGGUUGUUUUUCAAGGAAAUGAUGGCGAAUAGUGUGUGCCCUAAUGUAAGGACCUUUAAUAUACUGUUACAAGCUCUUUGUGUGGAGGGGGAGUUUAUGAAAGCAGGAUUUUUGUUGAGCAAGAUGGAAGAAAGUGGUUAUGCUCCUAAUGUAGUUACUUAUAAUACAUUACUCAACUGGUUUUGCAAGGAAGGAAGAUACAAAACUGCUUCUGAGCUGAUUGAUCGAAUGAGUUCCAAGGGUCUUCAAGCGGAUGUGUGUACAUAUAACAUGCUAAUAUAUGAACUUUGUAGAAAAGGUAGGAGUGCAAAAGGUUAUUUGUUGUUGAAAAAGAUGAGGAAGAGGAUGAAGUUACCAAAUGAAGUUACCUAUAAUACACUUAUUAAUGGGUUCAUCAAAGAGGGAAACAUUGGAGUUGCUACUAAGCUUUUCAAUGAGAUGUUGAGUUUUGGCCUCUCACCAAAUUGUAUCACGUACAACUCCUUGAUUGAUGGGAUCUCACAAGGAGGAUAUUUAGACGAGGCUUUGAAACUUCUAAAGAAAAUGGAAUUAAGAGGCCUGCAAACUAAUGAAGUUAGUUAUGGUGCCAUUCUGAACGGAAUGUCUAAGCAUGGUAAGUUAGAUUCGGCCAGAAAUCUACUUGAUAGAAUGAGAGUCAAGGGUAUUGUAGUUAGUCCACAUUCAUAUACAAUGCUGAUAGAUGGGCUAUGCAAGAAGGGAAUUCUCGAUGGAGGUCUAGAAGUAUUUGAUAUAAUGUGUGAAGAUGGAGUAUAUCCAGACGUCAUCACAUACUCAGUACUUGUAAAUGGAUUUUGUAGAGCUGGAAUGUUCAAAAACUCGAAAGAGAUAAUUUGCAAAAUGUACAAAUCUGGAUUGUUUUUAAAUAAUACUAUGUACAGAACUGUAUUAUAUCAUUUUUGCAAGCAGAGAGACAUCAACGAAGCAAUGAGAAUCUAUGAAGUGAUGCAUCAUAUUGGUCAUGUUCCUGAUCUCUUUGUUUGUAAUUCGUUAGUUUCAUCUCUUUGUAAGUCUGGGAAGGUGAGAGAGGCAGAAAAUUUUGUGCAGCACAUGCGUAGUAUGGGCAUAAUUCCGGAUGCAGUUACUUUUGAUACCAUUAUUGGUUGCUAUGCUGCCAAGGGUGACGGGCUGAAAUCAUUUUCCCUUUUUGAUGAAAUGAUUGACUGUGGUACUCAUCCUAGCUUUUACACAUAUCAGAUUCUUUUAAAGGCACUUUGCAAAGGGGGGCAUCUUGAAUUGGCUGUACAGUUUUUUGAUAAACUUCAACAUAUUCCUUUUAUGGUAGAUACUUCAGUAUAUAACAUGUUACUAGCUGAGACAAGUAAAUCAGGCCAUCUCCAGUUGACAUUUAGCCUUUUAGAUGAGAUGAUUAAAAACAAUAGGCUGCCUGAUAGUUAUACGUACACCAGUAUUCUUGCAGGAUUAUGCAAAAAGGGCAAGAUUGUUCCAGCGAUGAUGUUGUUUGGACGAGAAUUAGAAAGAGGAACGUUUGAUUCAUGUGAAGCAAUCGCAUAUACCUGCAUAAUCAAGGGACUUUUUAAGAGUGGCCACACAAAGGCUGCAGGUUAUUUCUAUGAUCAGAUGGUAAAAGAGGGUGUUGAGCUUGAUGUAGCUUUAUUAAACACAAUGAUUGAUGGUUAUUCCAGAAUAGGACAAGUUGAAAAGGCCAGCAGUUUCUCAUCAAUGAUGACUGACAUGAAUCUGUGCCCUGAUUUGGCUACAUAUAAUGUUCUUUUACAUGGGUAUGCCAAACAAAAUAACCUGACAGAAUGCUUUACCUUAUAUGGCACCAUUAUGAGGAAAGGACUUCUCCCUGAUAAAUUGACAUACCAUUCUAUAAUUUUGGGACUAAGUGAAAUGGGGAUGUUGGAUGUUGGAGUCAAGUUCUUUAAGAAAAUGAUUCAGGAGGGGAUUUUGGCCGAUAACUUGACAUUAAACUUGAUAAUUGCCAAAUUCUGUGAGAGGGGGGAAAUGGAAAAGGCCUUUGAACUUUUGAACAUCAUGAGUUCUAUUGGGGUUUCUGUCAAUGGAGAUACUUUUAGCUCCUUGAUUAAGGGCUUCAGAAGAACAUUAAAUUCCCAAGGAUCUCUUCUCAUUUUUAAGGAAAUGUUGGAAAGGGGUCUUACACCUACAGGAAGACAAUACAGUAGCCUAAUUACUGGCCUUUGUAGAGCUGGAAGAACGCGCGAGGCAUUCAAGCUCAAAGAUGAGAUUGAGGCUCUUGGCUUGAGCUCCAGAAACAUAGCUGAAAGUGGUAUGGUUAGAGGCCUUGUGAAACGUGGAAAAACAGAGGAAGCCAUGUUUCUUCUGGAAUGUAUGCUACGGGCAGAGCUUGUCCCAUCUGUUGCUACAUUUACAAGUCUUAUGCAUCAGCUUUGCAAUGAAUCUAAGCUUUCCAAAGCAUUAGAGUUAAAAAACCUAAUGGAACUUCAUGGUAGGAGGCCUGAUACUGUUGCUUACAAUGUUCUCAUUACUGGGCUCUGUGCUGGCUAUGACUUUCUUCAAGCGUUUGAUCUGUAUGAGGAAAUGAAGCAGAGGAGAAUCUGCCCAAAUAUGAGAACCUUUCUUGUGCUUCUAAAUGCUGUUAUUUCUGUAAAUGACCAAGUGAAGGGUGAAUUACUUUUGCUGGAUAUACAGAAAAGGGGAUUAAUAAGUGAAGUUUCAUCUGAUGAAGAUUGGCACAAAGCCUUGAUGGUUGCAAAGGAUAAAUUAAACUUCUUACACCGAAGAAAAAAGUGAUCAUGCCGAGAAAAAUAUCUGGCACAGAUAGUAGGCACAGUUCAGCCCUUCUGGAAAGGGUUGCCCAAUUAUCCUCAUUUUGCUUUCUCAUUUCUUACUAGCUUCUGAGUAGAUAUAUCACAAGGAUCCCGAUCAAGGUGUAGUUUGCAUCUUGGAACAGAAGCUUUUACUAGUCGAAUGACUUCAUGGAUAUGCUGCGUAUGGCAGUGAGUCUUUGUUUUAUAAGAGAUAAAGCAAAUGGUGGUUCUAUACUAUCAUCAUUAUCAAUUAACAUGAUCUUGAUUCUGCUGCCUCUGGAAUUUCUGAUUUUCAGGCUUGGCUGUUUUGAGUUGCAACUCAUACCGAAAGCUUGUGCUGAGCAGGUCAUCAUUGAGUUUCUGGAAUCAAUAUCAAGUGGCAACUAGCAUCAUAGUGUGAUUAUUGAUUACAGCCAUUAGUCAAACUUUCACUGCCUCUGGUUAGCAGGCUUCUAGACCAAGGUACUUCUCAAUAAUGUCUUGUUAUAUACCUGCAUUUUCGAUUGACCUCUUAUUUCCUGGCAGACUGUCUAAAGUUCCAGCUUCUUACGCCGUUUGCCAUUACAAUUUCGAUCAUUGGCGUUUUUUCAACAAGACCAUGUUUUCUGGUGCUUUAGGCAGUUCAGGUGUGAACGAAUGAGCCAUGAUAUGUUAUGCAGAUCAGAUAUGAGGACCUGGUUUAUCAUAUACUAUGGAAAAAGUUUUAAACUUUGUGAGCUCUGAUUAUUGUUCUUUCUGAUGUUUCCCCUUUCACCUCCCAAAUAAAUGAAGACAAAUAAGUUUCAAGUUGCGCUUAGGAUUAAAACAAAAAAACUGCCGAAGCCAUGGUUUGUUGCAGUAAAGAUAGCCAUUCUGACCUUGAUGUUGGAGGAGCUCUAUGGUUGGUGGGAAUAUAAUUGUAAGCAGUAUUUUGUUGCAACUUCUUCAACAUCAUUGAUGAAAAGAAUAAUUUGGUGGUUUGUUGGUGUUGGUGGACAGGAAUAUGACAUUAGCUGUGGGUAUAAAAACUCUUGGUAGUUGACCUUGCAUCACAAAAUAUUGUAUACGCUGGUGUACUGUCCAUCCUUUCAUUAUUACAUUAGUUUGUUCCCUUAUGUCCGAACCCAUCAUUUCCAUUGAUUUGAUGGUUUGUUUUCCCUUUUUCUAUGUUCCACCUUCUUUAAUCUCAGCACAGUUAUGAUGGCUGAAAAAUGGCUUCCCCCACCCCCUCAUAUUGAGUGUGUUUUCAGUUUUUCCCACGAUUCAAAUCUAACUUAAAAAGUUGAGUAGUAUCGGUACCAAUGUGACACAAACAGGAAUCAUGUAACAGGAUGUUGUAAUUUUUGUGGAUUAAGAAUUGUAAUUGUAAUUGUAAAACACGGUUCAGUUGUAACUUAAAAUAACAAGACAAGAAAUAUAUAUAUAUAUAUAUAUAUGUAGUAUUGAAAAG